UUAAAAACAUAUUUAGUGUUGUCCUUCCAAAGGAUGCUAUUUUGAUUCUAAUGAGAACCUUUUUAUUUGUUUUAUCUAAGCACAAUGAGGACAUCCGUUGCUUAACCACUCUGAGCCAUUUUGGGUUUGAAUGUUUGCCCACGCAGCUGGUGAACAAAUCCAUCCAGAAAGGAUUCUCUUUCAAUAUUCUCUGCGUGGGAGAAACUGGAAUUGGGAAAUCAACACUGAUCAACACACUAUUCAAUACUAAUAUGAAAGAGAACAAGACCUCCCAUUUCUAUUCAAAGGUUGGACUUAAAGUGAAGACAUACGAGCUUCAGGAAAGAAAUAUUCCACUGAAAUUGACAGUUGUGAAAACAGUGGGGUAUGGUGACCAAAUAAACAAAGAAUCCAGCUACCAGCCAGUGGUUGAAUACUUGGAUGCUCAGUUUGAGGCAUAUCUCCAGGAGGAGCUGAAGAUCAAGCGCUCUUUGGUUGACUAUCACGAUUCCCGUAUCCACGUUUGCCUUUACUUCAUCGCACCUACAGGACACUCCCUCAAGUCCCUGGACCUGCUGACCAUGAAGAACAUUGACAGAAGGGUGAACAUCAUACCACUGAUUGCCAAAGCAGACUCACUUUCCAAGAUGGACCUCCAGAAGUUCAAGAGUAACAUAAUGAGCGAGCUGGUCAGCAACGGCAUCCAAAUAUAUCAGUUCCCCAUAGAUGAAGAGGACGACGACAAUUCUCAAUGCCUAUUACCUUUUGCGGUAGUAGGAAGUAUGGAGGAGGUGAAGGUUGGGAAAAGGAUGGUCAAAGGCCGUCAUUACCCUUGGGGAGUUUUGCAAGUGGAAAAUGAGAAUCACUGUGACUUUGUGAAGCUCCGGGAUUUGCUUCUGUGUACUAAUAUGGAAGAUCUGAAAGAUCAAACCCACACUCAGCAUUACGAAUGCUACAGGAGCAGUAGACUGCAGAAACUGGGCUUCAAUGACACCGGCCCCAACAAUCAGCCAGUGAGUUUCCAAGAGAUGUAUGAAGCCAAAAGACAAGAGUUCCAUGGCCAGUGUCUGAGGGAGGAGGAAGAACUGAAGCAGACGUUCAUGCUGCGAGUCAAAGAGAAGGAACUGACCUUCAAGGAUGCCGAAAAGGAGCUGCAGGACAAGUUUGAACACCUGAAGAGAAUCCAACAAGAGGAGAUCCUGAAACUGGAAGAAGAGAGAAGAAAACUAGAGGAGCAAAUAAUAGAUUUUUAUAAAACGAAGACUGCCUCUGAGACGUCACAGGCUCAGGUGUGCGCCAAUGUAAAGAAGGACAAAGAUCGUAAGAAAUGAUCUCUCCUUACCAUUGCGGCUGACUUAGAGCCCCAUUAUCCUCCACUCAUAUCUGUGAGCUAGUCUUCACAGCAUUUAACUUCAUCUGGAAUUCUAAUGUUUUCAAAAAAUUGUUUAGAGUGUGUCAUUCUCCACUAGAGUGUCAAAUACUCAGGAGAAAGAUACUUUGUGUAUCUUGUUAGGUGUUGCAACAUAAAGGAGCACUCAAUAGUACCCAGUAAAUAUUUUAUUAAUCAAAAUAGCCAAGAAGUAUAUAGAUACUAUAGACAGUUAUGAUCAGACAGUGGACAUUCCUUUACCAUAGAUGUGCCUUUUACUCCAAUAGUGAUUUUUACAGUUGUGUCUCCUUAGAGUUUUUUACUUUGUGUGUGUGUUUUGUUGUUUCUUUCAAGACCGGUUCUCACUAUAUAGCCCUAGCUGUCCUGAAACUCUUUGUGAGAUAGGUCUGGCCUUGAGCAGCAAUCCUUCUGCUUCAGCUUCCUGAGUUCUGGGAUUAUAAACAUAAACCACCAUGCCUAGCUCUAUUGAAUUUUUCUUGAGGAUGCCUAGGCAUAAUGUAUUGUUAUAAAAGGUUAAUUAUUGGUUAUUCCUUUACCAAAUUCUAUUGAUAGAAAUUCUUGAUAAUUUUAGUUGAAAUGAAGCAUGUGUUUUGAUUAGAACUCCUCUAUGCUUUGGUGUCAGACUUGUAGAAGUAUAAAAUGAAAGAUUCAAAAUCUAGAUAUAAACAGACUAUAGUGAUAAUAUUGUCUUAAAGAUUUUGGCUAGAUGCUAAAACAUCAUCAAAGUGUACAGUAUGGGAUAUGUUUUUUUUUCUUCUGUUUUUUUUAAAACUCCCUUCUUAUUUUAUAGACUGAGGCGUUUUAAAAUUUAAAAUGUUUUUUUGUCAGUUACUUAUUUGAUGUUUUGGUUUCAAGCCUAGCCUUAAUUGCUGAAUCAUCUCUCCAGCCCCAGUUUCUGAUGUGACUGUGGUUGUCCCUUCAUCAUGACUUGUCCCUAUUACAACACAACCUUUGAUGGACUUUGUCUCUGUACUUCACCACAUUUGGAUCAAUUCUUUAUUAAUAGUUCUGAUUAAAGUACACUUUAAUGAAAUUUUAAUAUUGCCUCCAUUUCGAAUGCAACAUUUAAGGCCAGCACUAUAUGCUCUCAAAAUAAUUUAUAAUUUAUACUUACAAUAUCUUCACGGAGAAGUCUUAUCUCUAUAGUGAUGAGAAAGAGAAACAAAUCCACAAUCCAUUUCAUAUAUGUUGGUAAGUCAUCUUACAAAUGGGAUGAGAAAGAAAUAUAAUACAUAUAUAAUGUAGUGGCAAUUAUAUAAGAGCAAAGAUCUUUGUUCUGAUAAUUUAUAUAUUAAUUCCUAGGCUUAGGACAAUUCUUAAAGCACAGUGGAUACUAUUAGUUGAAUAAGUAAUUCCAGUAGUCAUGUGUUUCCUGAGUUAUAUUCAUGGAUAGUUUAGUUUAGAUAAUUGACUUUUUUAUUUUUUGAGAAAGGGUUUCUCUGUGUAUCUUUUUUUUUGUUUUGUUUUUUGAGACAGGGCUUGUCUGUGUAGCUUUGGAGCCUAUCCUAGCACUGGGUCUGGAGACCAGGCUGGUCUCGAACUCAUAGAGAUCUGCCUGCCUCUGCCUCCUGAGUACCAGGAUUAAAGGUGUGCACGACCAACGCUCGGCUAUCUGUGUAUCUCUAGCUGUCCUGGAACUCACUCUGUAGACCAGGCUGGCCUUGAAUGCCACAUGCCUGUCUCUUGAGUGCUGGGAUAGUGUACCACCACUACUAAGCUAGAUAAUUGACUUUCAAACAUAAUAUAGUAUAUUACUGCUUUUUGACAGGGCUGUGAGUUAUAUUGAUGAAAUGCUUUUAUAGUGUCAUUCUUUAAUCUUAAUG